AGGGGCAGCGGCUCAUUGAGUGGCUCAGUUGCAAAGCGGUGCGGCGGCGGCCGGCGGGCACCUUGGGAUUGGCUUGCUGCGUCCCCCCAGCUGCUGGAUCUUACGCCCUUUUAACUCUCUAAGCACCUCUGUUAAGGCCACCGGCAGACCAUGCCCUCUCUAUGACGGUUACUUGUUAAGCUAACUCUGCAUGCCAGAAGACUGUCCUUGGUUGAUCCAAGGGCUUUUGGGGACUCCGGCCUCUCCCCAGUUUUUCUGUGUGUGUGUGUUCCUCUAGAACUUUCAAAACUGUUUCUCCAAAGGGUUUUGCAGAAACUUAGACUGUUUUCUAAAGCAGAAGCACCUCAGUCCACAGCAGUAGUGAUGGGCAGCGUGCGAACCAACCGCUACAGCAUCGUGUCUUCGGAGGAGGACGGCAUGAAGCUGGCAACCAUGGCCGUUGCCAAUGGCUUUGGGAAUGGAAAAAGUAAGGUACACACCAGACAGCAAUGCAGGAGCCGCUUUGUCAAAAAAGACGGUCACUGCAACGUCCAGUUUAUUAAUGUGGGCGAGAAGGGACAGCGAUACCUGGCAGACAUCUUCACCACCUGCGUGGACAUCCGCUGGAGGUGGAUGCUAGUUAUCUUCUGCCUGACUUUCAUCCUCUCCUGGCUUUUUUUUGGCUGUGUGUUUUGGUUGAUCGCGCUGUUGCAUGGGGAUCUGGAGAAUCAAGAAAAUAACAAACCUUGUGUCUCUCAAGUGAGCAGCUUCACUGCAGCCUUUCUGUUUUCCAUUGAGACCCAGACCACGAUCGGCUAUGGCUUCAGGUGCGUCACAGAUGAGUGCCCCAUUGCAGUUUUCAUGGUGGUUUUCCAGUCUAUAGUAGGCUGCAUCAUUGACGCCUUCAUCAUUGGUGCUGUCAUGGCAAAGAUGGCUAAGCCAAAAAAGAGAAACGAAACUCUAGUCUUCAGCCACAAUGCCGUGGUGGCCAUGAGAGACGGGAAACUGUGCCUGAUGUGGCGCGUCGGGAACCUGAGGAAAAGCCACUUGGUGGAGGCACAUGUGCGAGCGCAGCUCCUCAAAUCCAGGAUCACAUCAGAAGGGGAAUACAUCCCUUUGGAUCAAAUAGACAUCAACGUAGGGUUUGACAGUGGGAUAGACCGCAUAUUCCUGGUCUCCCCAAUUACAAUAGUACAUGAAAUAGAUGAAGACAGUCCUUUGUAUGACUUGAGCAAACAAGACAUGGACAAUGCUGACUUUGAAAUUGUAGUAAUUUUAGAGGGCAUGGUGGAAGCUACUGCCAUGACGACCCAGUGCCGUAGCUCAUAUCUGGCAAACGAAAUCCUCUGGGGCCACCGCUAUGAGCCCGUACUCUUUGAAGAGAAAAACUACUACAAAGUGGAUUACUCGAGGUUCCACAAAACAUACGAAGUGCCCAACACACCCAUCUGCAGUGCCAGAGACUUAGCAGAAAAGAAAUACAUUCUCUCGAAUGCAAACUCCUUUUGCUACGAGAACGAAGUGGCCCUCACCAGCAAAGAGGAGGAGGAGAUUGACACUGGGGUGCCUGAGAGCAUGAGCACAGACACCCACCCUGACAUGGACCACCACAACCAAGCAGGGGUGCCUCUAGAGCCACGGCCGCUACGGCGGGAGUCGGAAAUAUGACUGACAAACUCUUCCUCUCUCUUUUGGUUGAAAGGAAAAAUAAAAAAAUCUAUCGGUCAAAGGCACGUUGACCUGAGAAGUUGGCCCAGAACAGUCUUCAGACAACGGUACUGUUGAAGAGUGGUGUGAAGGCAAGCAGACCUGAGAAACCCCGGCUGGUUUUAGGGCUGUCCUCGUAGGAGGGACAACAGAAAAUGAACUCUAAACACAAAGCACUAAACAUGUCUAAGUAUGAACAGAAGGCACAUAUGUUGUAGAAUAAAUUAUGUAUAUAUUUUUUUACAAAACUUGAACUUGCAGGCAAGCUUUGGUUGGGUUAUUAUUAUUUUUUUUCAACUUUUUCCAGAAUGCUUCUCUCUAGGGAACAAGAAUGUUUUUAAUGGCAUAACAAAGGCAAGAAUCUGCCUUAUUAUUGUUAUUAUAAUUAUUUUUUAAAAAAGCUGCUGCUAACUACAUGAACACAAAUGGUUAUUUUUGUUGCAGUGUAGUUUUUAUUUUCUCUUGUGUAAUUUAAAAAAAAAAAAGUCAGUGUUGAACUUUUGGGGUUGAAAAGCUUGUGAUCGCUACAGAGAGGCCAACGUUGCCAGAAAGUCUAAACUCCUUUUGAGGCCAGUAGUUUGAUAGCUAGAAUCAAUUUCUCUCUUUCCAAUUACAUGAGGGGCAUUACGUAAUAUCAGGCCAAUCAGUAGCCUCCAGCAAAAUUAAGAUUUUUGGGGGGAGAAUUUAAUUCUCUGUCUAAAGGAAAAAUGAAAUAUAUAUAUACAUAGAAAAAGUACUAAGUUAAAACUACCUAAGUGGAUACCAAAGAAAAUGCACAGUUUUGCACAGUGGAGUUUAUUU